UCACGAAUUCUGUCAUUCCGUGUGAGCUGCAGUUAGUUAGAGUUAAUAUCGUCGAUAGUGUAUGGCUAUAUUGCUUUUAAAUUACAAUUUUCAAGAAAUUUUCGUAUCACAUUUCCUCGUUGGUAGAACGGACAUUUACACAGUCCAGUGUAAUUACCAUUCAAAGUUCCUUAUUUUUACGUUCGAACUAGUAACUUUCUUAAAUUUUGUGCGUAACAUACCUCGAUUUUUGUUGUGUUGUCAAUUAGCUCUAAUCAACGAAGUACUAUAUACCACCCACUUCAAAAGUUUUUGAAAUAAACUAGAUUAUUUGGAAGUUGCAAUGUUCCUCGUUGGUUUGACUGGGGGGAUUUCAACGGGCAAAAGUACCGUCUCGAAGGUUUUUCGAGAAAGUGGAAUUCCCGUCAUAGAUGCCGAUGCGAUUGCUAAACUUGUGGUAGAACCAGGCAAACCUGCAUGGCACAAGAUCAAAGCAGCUUUCGGUGAUAGUGUGAUCAAGGCCGAUAGUGGAGAGUUGGAUAGGGAAGCGCUGGGGAGAAUUAUUUUUGACAGUGUUGACAAACGAAGAAUACUAAACGAGAUAACCCAUCCCGAGAUUCACCGAAUUGUUUAUAAGGAGGUGAUCAAAUGUUUCUUCCUCGGCCACAACUUUGUUGUGCUAGAUUUGCCAUUACUGUUUGAGACUGGAAUAAUGAUUAAUUUAAUGCAUAAGAUUAUAACGGUUACGUGCGAAGAAGAUAUACAACUCACGAGAUUGAUGGAUCGAAACCAUCUGUCGGAAGCAGAUGCAAAGAAGCGGAUCAAACAACAAAUGCCACUUGAGCAAAAGUGUAACCAAUCGCAUUUUGUGAUUGAGAAUUCAGGAACACUCCAGGACACCGAAGAGCAAACGUUGAAAAUUUUAUCUGUACUACAGGACAGUAACCAGCACUGGAAAAUCCGUGGUGUUAUUUUUGCAACGGCUGCGAUUCUCUUUUCUAGUAUAGCAUGGAUUCUUAACUAUAAGUAUAAAUUUAUUUCCACCAACUGAUACUUCAAACGUUGCUAGACUUUGGGAGUUCGCACUAGUCCCUGUGAAGGAAGCAUGGUUUCGGCAGAUGAUAGGUAUAGUGGGUAACUUUCUAAUUUUUACAUCUUCCUCCCGUCUCUACUGUUGAAUUUAUUGAGCAGUAUCUAGUGUCGUGCAUUUUGUAUACUUCUGUGUGUACAGUUUAAUUCUAUCGAAUAAAAACUAAAUGUUUCGAAAA